AAACAUGAAUGUCCAGCGAAUUGUGCCGCUGUGACUGUAUUUCAGCCAAAACAGUUUCAAAGACACCACUGGGCUUAAAUGGCCAAGCACAUGCUUCAGUAUCAUUGAUUCUUUUCAUCCCAUGAUACUAGAGGGAGCAGCACACCAGUGUGUUUCCCUCUGCUUGUAGUAGCAUCUUUGGUACGCACAGACAUGUCUUCUGGCUCUGUUUGGUUUGUGCAGCUGGUGUCCAAGCUGCUCUCAUUUCUGUCUCUCUUUCAGUCGGAGCAGUUUCUCAUUGAGAACUAUUCCCCCCUCCUGCCCACCAAUCCAAAACCCUUUGAGGUCUUCUACUGGAAUGUCAUCGACAAUGGAGAAAUGAAGCUCCCCCAGCUGGACGUAGACGUGGAGAGAGCAGCCUCCGACAGCUACAAUCCUGUGGUGAGGACUGUGGGCCUGCAGAGGGGGGGAGCCAUCCAGAUCCUGCCCUCUCACUGCUCCCGAGGCUGUGGCCAAGGGGAAAUGCAAAAGCUGCACCUGGAUUUGCCUCAGCACUGCUGUUAUGCAUGUGAGGUUUGCAGCCGUGGGACUUACAGCAACGGGUCAGGCAGCAAGAGGCAAAGGGCUUUGGAAGGAAGUUCCGCAGACGUCCGCUGGAGCUCAGUAAAAAUGUCUCGCUUUUUAUCAGGCUACUUUUUGCUCUGUGCCUGGCUGCUUUACCCUCUUUGCUGCUCUGCCCCAACAGAGAUCAGCACCACCCCACCAGGGAACUGUGGCCCCAGCCAGUUCCUUGACACCCAGGUAUUUCAGUGCAGCCCGUGUGGGGAGCCCCGGGUGAAAAGCCCUACAGGCCUGCGAUGUGUCUGUGCUGACAGCCGGAACGUGACGGGCCAGGCGGCGGAGUGCAAUGCUUGUAGUUCCCGGGAGCCUGCCUCGCUCUGGGAGGCCACCUUCCUUGAUAGCAGUUUUCUGGCUUGUAAUAACUCUUGCAACGUGACUGCCUGCGAGCUCCUGACCAACACGGUCAUUCUGAACGCCUUCUCCUUGGAAACCCGGGCCUACGACCUGUAUGCAAAGGCAAAAAGCCAGAACCUUCCAAAGCUGUUUUAUAGCAACACAGGGCUGCCUCCGCUCUCCUUUGGGAAGAACUCCAAGAUCAAUUUUAAGCUUGUAAAAUACGAUGCCCGAGGAAACUUCUUAGGCUGGGAGGACGUGACAGGUGGCACUUUGCAGCUCUGUGCAGACUGUCAAAGUGUACUCGAUGCUGCCUACUCCUUUGGGACAUCCUACCAACAGUCUUGCACUGUACAGGUGUCCAACCUGCUGCAGCGAGUCCCCGAGCCCAUCUUUUACGAGAUGUUCCUGCAGUUCUCCAAUGAGAAGGGGAACUGGCUGUGGCCAGUCCCUGUAGCGAAUCCCCAGCUGCAGCUGAAUAGCCCAGCCUCCCUGAGGUCUGAGAGGCUAAGAAGAUUCUUUCUAGUCGAUGGGCUCUCGGGCAGGCAAGGGAACCUGUCCAAUCAACCAGCAUCUGUCACGUUGGCAGCAGGGCUGCUCCUAAGUGUUGACUUGCCAACCAGUAGCCCAGGAGACCAGUCUGCUUUCCUGUUGACAGUGAAGUAUGCAAAGCAAGAUAGCACUGCAACAACGCAGGUAUCGUUUGCAGUGUCAUACACACAUCGCCCUGGAACGUCUCCACGAGACACAGAUAUAGCACUUGCCAUCCUGGGUUCUUUGGCAGCCUUGUACGCCUUGCUGAAGACCAGCAGCUGGGUGCGGAGGUCUAGACUUCAGAAUAUAAGCUUUAUAAUUUUAGUCAAGUUCUUUGCCUUCUUUGCCGGGGCCCUAGCUAAUGCCUUCUUCGUGGUUGCCCUUGGGACGGGGAUUUAUUGGCUCAUUGCUUUCAAGGGUCAGCAGUCUUCAGCGGUUGAGGUUAUGGUGCCCCCGGCAGGCAGUCAAAUUGAAACCAACUUUAUUAUCUACUUGUCCUGUGCUUUUGUGUUAAAGGCUGUGGACGUGCUUCAUCUCCUGAUCACCCAGGUGACAAUCUCCAUCUUCCUGAUAGACUGGGAAAAGCCAAAGGAGAAACCAGCAUUUAAAGCACCGGCAGGAGGGCAGAGGGCCAUUUCCUCUGUGAGUAUUUGGAGAACUUUCCUGAUAGCCAAUGAGUGGAAUGAGAUUCAGACUCAUAGGAAAUUGAAUCCAUCGCUUCAGCUGUUCGCAGUGUUACUGCUCCUGGAGGUUGUGGGCUUGAAGAACAUCACAUCACGAGACCUGAACGUGGAUCUGCACCCUGGCACUGACGCAUACCUGGCUGCCUGGAGCCCAAUCCUUAGAUUUGGGAUUGCUGCUUCUCUCUGGCUGGCCCUGGGGAUUGCACAGGUGGCGUUUUUCACAGGCAUCUACGAGCAGUUUGUGGAGGACAAGAUUCAUCAGUUCAUAGAUCUCUGUUCCAUGAGCAACGUGUCUGUGUUCAUCCUGAUGCACGGAUGCUACGGCUUCUAUGUCCAUGGGCGGAGCGUGCAUGGCCAUGCGGAUGUGGGCAUGGAUGCCAUGCAUGCCUGCCUCAGGAAAGAGGAGGAGAACCUGUGCCCUCUAAGAGGCCUGGAGGCCAACUCUGACAUUCAGACCUUCGAGGUGCUUCUCACGGACAGAGCCAGGCAGCUGUAUGACAAGAUAACGCAGCCCUUGAUGGAGGGCCCGAGAGGCGAGAGAGUCAGGGUCAACUUACAUGAGCAAAGACUAAGGAGUUAUUACACCUUGAAUCGAUUUCUCAGCUCGUUCCUUGAACACGCAUACAGAGAUAUGGACUACGUCGUGAAGGACAAGUUCUUCCUGGAGCGUUUUAUGGACAUGGAGUUCCAGGAGCCGGUAGACAUGUCCAUUCUGUACCCAGAUGCCAGCGCCUUAUUCAGCAGGACUCUCUUCUAUAACAAUGAGCUGGCAUUGCUUGUCUUCGACAACCUGCUCUUCUCGGUCGUCGACCUGGGAACGCAGGAUUUCCUGCUGGCCGCAAUCAUCACCUUUAUUGUGCAGAAGGUACAGCCAGUGGCAGGCGCUAAUGUCAAGUGCAAGGUUUUCUGCAUUGGUGAAGAUGCUGCGGCAUGCACUUGGUAGGAGAAAUCUGGCGGCAAAAACACUGGUGGAGAAGCAGUUUCUGAUCUAGAGGUGAAUAGGAAGCUGUGGCUACUUACCCCACUCUUCCCAGAGCCACCAUCAAAGCAAGAAUGCCGGGACCCUACAACUAAUUUGAGAAGUGAGGACUUUGCAGCCUUGACCCUUCUCAGUCCUUGGCCUGUGCAGGGAGACCAGAGAGAGCACUGCAGUUUUCCACUUUAGCUACUAUAGAUAAAGCUCUGGGCCUCCUACCAGCCCAGGAAAUGUUCAGCCCUACAGUUAUUAUUUCUCAUUUUAAGUUGUUUCCCAGGCGUAUUUUGAUUUCACAGCCGAAGGAUUCCUUUCUGCUGAACAAACCCUGCUCUAUUAAUUUAGCCAUCAGGAUGAGACACCCACACCCAUGGGAUUUUUGUUGCUUGUAUAUUUUUAAUUGGGAGACAAAAGGUCAUCCUCUGAUGCUGACCCUGGUUUUAUGGAGCAGCUUUGUUUGUUUCUUAAUGGGAAGAAGAAAAUAUCUGAAAGGAACAAGAGAAUGGUAAUCCAUGUGCUGUCUCCUCAGUGCAUCCGAGCUGCACAGUUCUCUGGUGGGUUCUGCUUAGCUUGGGCAAUGGAUGCAAUCUGCAGGGUAACUCCAAUGUAAUUUACAAGCAGGGCUCAGUGGGGUCUGAUAUACCGCAGGACAGACCACCUCACACAUCCUCUUUCCCCCCCAGUUCAAACACCAGCUCAGUCCUUUCCCUCACUAGGCAUGAAUCUUAUGCAGAAUGUAAUUUAUUGACCUCCAGUGGAGGUAAAUGACAGGCAGAUGUGUCUCCAGCAUCAUCCUGGGCUUUUCUAUUCCUUUCAUUUGUAUUCUCCGUAGCUCUGUUUCUUUAAACAAAGAGGGGCAGCUGCAUUACACAGAGCAGCUAUGUUACGCAGCCUGUAUUCCUCCAGGGCAGGAUUGAGGCUAAAGCCAGGGCUUUGAUUUCACUUCAGACUGCGGUUGUCUUUGGGAUCCACCUGGAGAGCAUGCUCUGAUUCCAGGGUUGGAGCGAGCCUUGGGAUUCACAGCCAAAAUGCAGGAGUUUCAGCUGGUUUUGCACUGACAGCGUGGAUUCCAGUGCCAACCCAUUAACAGGCCCAAGUUUGGAGGGGGACAGUCUGGCACACUUAAAAUUAAGCACAGGCUUAGGUGUUUUCCUGAAUAGGGACACUUUCCUACACCAGAGCCAAACUUAUGAAGGAAACAGCCCAUCCCAGAGCAACAUGGGCUGUGAUGCAAGCGUUGUCUGUUUAUAGGACAAAGAGAACUGGAAGAGUGACCAAGUGCUGAAAUUGGCAGUGACUCCCAGGGCUACAGCAAACAGCCUCCUGCAAAUGAUCCAUGCUUGUUUCACUCUGUUUUGGUUUGAAUGUAUGAUUUAUUGUGUUUGCUGCUGAGAACAUUUAUUUCUUAAAUCAACCACAUGUUGGGUUUAAGCCUGUUGUAAAUUUCUCUGAAUC